UCUUUUUUUGUUUUUUUUUUUUGUUUUUUUUUUGUUUCUAAAUAUUUUUAAAAUAAGCAACAGCGACGACCCGGAAGUGAUCAUUUUAAACGUCUUGUUUCUCUUCUAGUAGGAUGUGUUGUUGGUGUUUACAAGAAAGCUGUAUGGCGGUUGUGUGGGGGGAAAUAACACGUUAGAAAACGUGAGGAGCUGGUUAUUUUAAACGCAGUCACCUUUUUUUGUGAGGUCUGAUUCGUUGCGUUUUGUUCAGCUAGCCAGUUUGCUAAUAAUAGUAUAGAGGACUUAGAGACUAGCUAGUCCUAAAGUGUGCACUACUACACUGAGUUGCAGUCCAUAAUAAACCUGCAGUUCUGAUUUUACACGUACUGUCUAGUAAGGAAGUAUGAAAGAGAAAUCAGAGUCAAAUGCGAAUUAUAAUAGGUUUAGGGUUAGUAAAGUAGUAGAGGGUUUUUUGGUGGUUAUUUAUCUUCCUGUAUUAACAUUGCUCUAAAGAUAUUUUUUAUAUUUUACAUGUCUGGACUGAUAUUAGGGACUCUCACCUGUCACCUGCUCGAUAUGGAGACUCAUGGUAUUAUGAAAGCCUUCCCCAAAGUGAAGAGACACCGGCCACAUGAGGGUAAAGAUGCUCCCCCGGUCAAGAAAGAUCCGGGUCAACCUGUUACCGGGAACAUAUUUCAGGGUGUCUGCGUCCACAUAGUCCCUGCUGGCAUAGGAAAUGCCCGGUGUGACAUAUUCCAGCAGCAGAUUGUGCAGAAUGGAGGCCAGGUGGAAGCUGCUUACGGACCCAGCUGCACGCACGUGGUCGUGGACGAGUCGGUGGACAGGGAACGAGCGUCAAGGCUGCUGAAGAUGGAAACCUUUCCCCCUGCUGUGCAGCUGGUAAAGUGCACUUGGCUCAGUGCUUGCAUCUCUGAGAAGAAGCUUCUGAGCACAAAAGACUACAGGCUUCAUCCAUGCAACCGUCCUCAGGACGCUCCCGCUGAGGAGCCAAAGCAGAUUGCUGUCAGUUGCAUCCCUGUUCCUGAGGAAACGCAGCCACCGGAUCACAAAUCAGCUCAAGAUGAUCCAGCUGACGUGUGCUCCACAGGUGCUCCACAGUUGCCCGAGACUCAGGAAGAACCCCUAGAGGAAGACGUUGUGUCACAGAACGAUUUGGAGGCUCUGAUCAGCGGGGUUAAACACGAUCCUGGUGCUUCAGAUGACACGCGGAAUGUGUCAGAAAAGACAAACGUGUUGGGAAAGUGGGUGUGUGCCCAGUCGUCUCAGACAAAGAGCAAGAACCACAACAAUCACAUCACUGACAAGUUGGAGCAGCUAGCCAAAGUGUACACACAUACGGGUGACAAGUGGAGGGCGCUGAGCUACUCGAAAGCAGUUAAUGCCCUCAAGAGCCAUCACAAGCCGAUCUCUUCAUAUGAGGAAGCCUAUAAGAUCCCAGGCAUCGGCAAGAGCAUGGCCAAUAAGAUUGUGGAGAUCAUGGAGAGUGGGCACCUGAGAAAGCUGGACCAGUUUGGGGAGGCUCUGCCCGUCCUGGAGCUGUUCACCAACGUCUGGGGUGUUGGCGCAAAGACUGCCCAGCUUUGGUACCAACAAGGGUUUCGUACGCUGGAGGAUAUUCGCACCAAGGCCACUUUGACUCACACGCUGAGAAUUGGCCUGAAACACUACGACGACUUCCUCGAACGUAUGCCAAGAAGCGAGGCAGCCGCCAUCGAGAAAACGGUGAGAGAGGCAGCACACAGCGUGAACCCAGAACUGCUGGUGGUGGCGUGCGGCUCGUACCGGCGCGGGAAGCCCACAUGUGGAGACGUGGACGUGCUCAUCACUCAUCCAGACGGCCAAUCGCACAAGGGCGUCUUUAGCAAAGUGCUCCAGAAACUCCAUCAGAGCGGCUUCUUGACUGACGAUUUGCUGAGCCACGAGGAGAACGGCGAGCAGAAGAAGUACAUGGGCGUAUGUGUCCUGCCAGGCCCAGGUCAGCGCCAUCGGAGGCUCGAUGUCAUUGUGGUGCCACACGAUGAAUUCGCAUGCGCCAUUCUGUACUUCACCGGCUCAGCCCAUUUCAACCGCUCCAUGCGCGCACUCGCCAAGACAAAAGCCAUGAGUCUGUCAGAACACUCUCUGAACGCCGGCGUGGUGCGCAAGCGUGCCGUGAAGGUGGUACCAGGUUUGCCGCUGAGCACACCUACUGAGAGGGCGGUCUUUGAGCACCUGGGCAUCCCAUACAGAGAACCUCACGAGAGAGACUGGUAGCAGGACACGUCAGAAUAAGAUAGAAAUGAAAGCAUGUACUAGCAUGUACUUCUCAAUCGCAAAGUAUUUUAAUCUUUUUGCGUUUUACAUGUAAAAGCGCAGCACAUGAGUUCCUCAUUACUGGGAACGUUUUUUUUUUGUUUUUUAAUCUAGAAACUCUAUAAACUACACCAUAUAUAUGAGAGAUGAGGACAAGGACUUAUCAGCACUCUUUUUAACUAUUGUCCCAGAUACUGUAUGUAUUUAUUGUGCUGUUGACAUUUAUUAUGAGAUUGAUUGUAAUAGACAUAUGAAUGAAGAAACGAUCAUGUGAGUGCCAGAAUGUGUGAAUGAGGUCCAGUUUUGGUUGCCUAAUAAAACCAUGGCAGCGUUGCCAGAUGACUUGAAAUGUAACACUUUGUAUGGGAUAUUUCCAUACUGUGAAUAUUAUUAAAUUAUUCCAAAAUA